AUGCCGUCUAAGGCGUGUUACCUAACAUACCCCAAACGAUCAGAGUUCAUAAACGACGAGAGAUACGAGGAAGAAUUGGUAUGCUACGAUAGUGUGUUCGCAAGGGAUAUGCAGGAGGGCCAAGAAUUCAAGCAUGGCUUUGGCUGCGGUAUUUCCGUGCUUCUGAGCUGCCGGCAGAUUUACCACGAGUUUGCUGGCGUUCUGUACGGGAGCAACACAUUCGUUAUUACUCGAGCUCUCCACUGCCAUGACCAGAACGACUAUCAGCACUUGCACUAUCCAUGGCAGUGCAGCCAGUUUGACUAUGCUCCACUUUGGUUGGCUGGCCUCGGCUGUCAGGUCGACCUAUUGCACAAGGUCUACAUUGACGUAGAUGCCAUCUGUCCCAGGGACUGCGAUGUGUUCGAAUUUACGGUCUUUGACAUGCUCCCAAUCAUACGCAUCAUCUGGAAACAUCCUUGGCUUACGAAAAAACUCGAGUUUUUCCGAAGUGGCAGAAAAAAUAAAGAACACGCCAAGCUGACAAGCGCACGAGAAGCCGGCGAACAUUCAGAGCAAAGAGCUAUCUUACUGAACAAUUGGCUCAACCUGCUCUGUACACAAGAUGUUCUUCGUUUAAAGCAGUACAUACCUUUCAAGAUGCAUCUCGAACAUAUUUGGGUACCGAUAUUGCAAGAGCAAGAUUCCGCAUCUGAUGUAAGUGUGCAGUUCUGCAAUAUACCAACGAUAAAACGGUACUACAUUGUAAACAGCGGACGAGGACUCACAGCAUGUGAAGAGAGGCCAAAUUUCAGAAUCGAGCAUCUACUGAAUGAACCGGUACUUGCGAGGAAUAUCGUCGAACAUGCUGCGCACGGUCAGCCAGGAGUGGUAUUUGAUCUUACGCGGCCAACUUUCAGCGGCCUCGACGUGAGCCUACUACAUCUCGACAGGAUGUUUGACGCAAAGUACAAUUUGGCUGAAAUCUUUGCGCAAGCCAACGAUGUCACUCUUAGGGCACGGAGCACUUCUGUGGAAUCGAACUUCGACCACUUCAUCGCACUUCAAGAGCUAAGGUCCAACGCCCAGUUCAGGGAAAUCGUCUAUGCCCACCGCGAAGAUAGUUCACCUCUCACUAUUGAGCUCGAAUGCGAUAUGUCAACGAAAAGUAGCCUGCCUGAGCUGGAGAUCAACAUCGAGGGACUUGUGGGGUUUCUCUGUGAUACGCCAAAUACAGCACUCCGCAUCUCACUGAACUGCCUGAGGGACGGACGUGUCUACAGCGAAUGCAUCAGUGUUGAUACCAUCUGUUUGUGUUUAAGCAUCUACGUACUGCUAUCGGAUCUCCUCGAGAGUUGGUCGAUACCACUAUCGCACAAGUGGACUGCAGAUAUCACAGCACUUGUGAUAGAUGGGCGGGGCAUCUUGAAGAGUGCUACUUGCUGUACUGAUAAGGGUUUGUACGAAUCUACAAUCGAAAACAAGUUUGCUCAUCUCAGCAAAGAGGAAAUGUAUCAUUACGGCUACAUGACGGCUGCGAGUCACGAUCGUGACUACCGCUACCUGUGCAAACGGGCUUUGAGGCCUCAUUCCGGUCAGGUACUUGAGUGUCUCUUGAAAUUGCAUUAUGAAUACUGGGCUGAUUGGAAAAAUGUGCGACCGCUUCCCACUACACUGUGA